UUUUAGCGGUUCCGCAAACAGAGAGGGAAAAUAAAAUAAAAAAAGAAAAAGAAAAAGAAAAAACUCCAUCGUCGCAGAGCCCUCGCGAGAGAUGGUUCGGAGCAUCAAAAACCCUAAGAAGAGCAAGCGAAAGAACAAAGGAUCUAAGAAGGGCGAAGCUGCUGCUGCUGCUGCUGCUUCUUCUUCUUCUUCGGUGCCCUCAGCACCUGCUAAGGUAUGGCAACCAGGUGUUGAUAAUCUAGAAGAGGGAGAGGAGCUCCAGUUUGAUCCCUCAGCAUAUAAUUACCUUCGGGGUUUCAAUAUUGGAUGGCCCUGUCUGAGUUACGAUAUAGUGCAUGAUUCGCUGGGAUUGGUCCGGACAGAGUUUCCUCAUACAGUAUAUGGUGUCGCAGGGACGCAGGCUGAGCAAUCAUCCUGGAAUUACAUUGGUAUUUUCAAGCUCUCAAAUAUAAAAGGAAAGAAGCGUGAUUUAGUGCCUGCAGCAUCAGCUGAUAAUGACGCCGAUAUGCAGGAUAGUGAUAGCAGCAGUGAUGAAGAUGAUGACGAAGAUGAGAGCAAUGAUGCGUCCAAACCAAUUUUACAGUUACACAAGGUGGCUCAUCAAGGAUGUGUCAAUCGGAUACGAUGUAUGAUCCAAAAGCCACAUAUAUGUGUUACAUGGGCAGAUAUUGGUAAUGUGCAGGUUUGGGACUUCAGUUCAUAUCUUAAUGCUUUAGCUGAAUCAGAAACAGCCGUAAGCAGAGGGGAUAAUAGCAUUCACCGGCACUCUCCUAUAAUAAAGUUCACCGGACACAAAGAUGAAGGCUACGCAAUUGAUUGGAGUCCUGUUGUUACUGGAAGGCUUGUAUCCGGUGAUUGCAAUAAAUGUAUUCAUCUUUGGGAGCCCACAUCGGAUACAUGGAAUGUUGAUGGGAACCCUUUUGUUGGGCACACUGCAAGUGUUGAAGAUUUACAAUGGAGUCCCACAGAAGCCGAUGUAUUUGCCUCUUGUUCAGUGGAUGGAACAAUAUCAAUAUGGGAUACUAGGCUAGGAAGAUCGCCAGCAGUUUCCUUUAAGGCACAUGAUGCGGAUGUCAAUGUUAUCUCGUGGAACCGACUUGCUAGCUGUAUGAUAGCCUCUGGGAGUGAUGACGGUAGCUUCUCAAUUCGCGACCUUAGAUUAAUCAAGGGAGACUCAUUAGUGGCUCACUUCACCUACCACAAGCAGCCUGUUACAUCUAUAGAAUGGAGUCCACAUGAAGCAUCAACCUUAGCUGUUUCAUCUGCUGACCAUCAAUUGACGAUUUGGGACCUUUCUUUGGAAAGAGAUGAAGAGGAGGAGGCUGAAUUCAAAGAAAAGAUGAAAGAGCAAGCAAAUGCCCCUGAAGAUCUGCCACCGCAGCUCCUUUUUGUUCAUCAGGGUCAGAAGGAUUUAAAGGAACUGCAUUGGCACCCGCAGAUCCCAGGGAUGAUAAUAUCAACAGCUGCCGACGGAUUUAAUGUGCUAAUGCCGUCCAACAUCGAGACGACCCUUCCAUCAGCCGCAACUUAAUCGAUCUAUCUAUAAAUAAGAUCAUGAAUUUCCAGGGCGCAGCAACAAUGUUUCUUUCGACAACCAGUAUCUAUCUUAGAUGUUUCAGUUUUGACAAAGUACAUGUAGACCUGCGACGGCAAAAUUUACUUAAUUUUGGAGAGUAUACAGUGUGAUGCAGUUUGGUUCUCUCGUUUCUCAGAGUAUUUAACUUAUGAUGCUAUUUUUAAAAAAAAAUUUGGAAAUGGAAGUUUUAAGCAUGUAGAAAGCGACUAAGGCUCUGUUUCGGGGCAUCAAGCCGCCUUGAUAUGUUGAAUCAAAUGAUGCAUUCUUUUCUGCU